CGCUUUCUCUCUCUUUCUCUCUCUCUCUUUCUCUCUCUCUCUCUGCUAAAAGAAAAGAGAGGCGUUUCCUCUCGCAUGCAAAAAAAAAAAAAAAACCCAAAAAGAGGACCGGGGUACCGCAAAGCCGACUAACACAAAAGGCGCGAGCUGCCGCCGGACCGAGAGGGAGUUUCACCGGGCGCGCGCGCGCACCUCUGCGGCCGCAUUUCUUUUCUGUUUAAAGAGCGCGAGCACAGGUGCACGAACCCGGAUCCUCUGUUCUCCACUCUUUCAUGGACUUUAUAUUUACACAUUAUAUAUGCACUUUUAUACAUAUAUAAUUGUGCAUAAACGGUACAUAUAACUGCACGCGAAACCGGGUGUGGAGAUCUCGAGGCCACUCCAGAGAGGAAAGUGAUUUGUUAUUCCCAGAAGUGCUAAGCAGAAAACCCCAUCAUGAACACAGGUAGAGGACGUCAUUCAUCAGACUCAGAUGCCUGGCAGUCUCGCAGUGUGGCAGAUGGAUUAAGGAAUGGUGAUGCGAGCUCAACUCUGACAGCUAAAGGUUACCGGAGUGUUUGUCCCACCAUGCAGGACAAGAGCAGUCCCUUCCCGGUCCCGCUCCCGCCCCCUCGGAGAGAGAGCUGUCACAUGACACCUAACCCUCCGCCUUAUAGCUCCAUUAUUCCUUCCGGUUCUUACACCCUCAAAUCCAGCUCCUCCUCCCACUCAUUUUCUGAGACUACUUGCAAUACUACCACCAGCUCAGAUGUCACCCCGGAGGCUAACGCUAAUGCUAAUAGCUUUAUUAGCCAGAUCCUGGAGCGCAAGGUGUCAUCUCUCAAACUUGCUAAUGAAGGAUCCAAUGCUGCUACAGCUACAACUAGUGCAGAUGUAACCAACAAUACUAACAUAAAUCAAUCUUGGGCUAAUACUAACAUGGCAAUGGUCAUGAACUCUGGUUCACCUGAUAGUCCACCAUCCCCACCACCACGUACACACUCCAAAUUCCCUCCUACAACACACACAGCCUCUCUCUCCAUUCAGGUAUCUCCUAAAGGUUUAAAAUAUCAUCCUGAAUCUGGACUCCAAUCAGGAUCUGGAUCUGAAAGGCAGGAUCCUGCUGAGCCCAGCCCCAAAGUGCCACCCAGACCAGCGCUCAAUGUGGCGCGUGACGUAUCCCCACCAAGAGGUACCACCGACUUUCGUUCCGGGGCAUCCGACAGCCGCGCAAGUCAGGACUCGCCUGACUUCCUGUCUGGGCCGAAUGCUUCGUCACGAUCUCUUUCAGCCCUGAGCCACUAUUCAUCAUCAACAGCCGUCCUCGAAGAACUACAGAUCUGUGCUGUGGACUCACGCGAGGCCACGCCCACCCCUUCCCCCACACUCAGCCAUGCUUCUGUUCCCCCUGAUGAUGUCCCUGCACCCACUGCCUCAGCAACGGCUGCUGAUACUAACGGUCAGAUGGCAGUAAAUGGAAGUGUGCACUCUCAGAGGCCAUUCUCUCCUCCAGCACAACGUCCUCCUCCACCAGUCUUUAGUCCCGGACUCGAGCAAUUCCAUCAAACAAGACACUCGGAAGGUUCAGCGUCAGUACAGAGGGAGUCUGUGUCGGUGGGUGAGAUGUCGUUCAGAAGCAUGACUCCUGUGGCUCGUUUCUCAGAGGAGGAAAAGAAAGUUUCUGUGAUCAAGGCACCUCAUUACGAGGGCAUUGGGCCUGUGGACGAGUCGGGCCUUCCACUCGCUAUCCGAACGACUGUAGACAGGCCUAAGGACUGGUACAAGACCAUGUUUAAGCAAAUCCAUAUGGUGCAUAAACCAGACGAUGACUAUGCAGACACAUACGGUGCUACCUACGCUGUUGUGAAUAAUGAGAACUUCGACCCCGUCCAUGCCCAUCCUCCACCUCGGACCCACACGUACCGACCUCUGUCCCGAAACUCUACCGAGCCCAGCAAAGCUCCACCCCCUCGAGAGUUGAGCCCCGUCCCACCCCCACCCCCUCCAAUGCCUUCGCUCCUGCAGCUCCGCUCACGAGACUUCGACCGUGAGAAAGAUCUUCCACAUGAUCCAAAUGAAUGGAGUCCCCCUGAUCGUAAAGUGGACACACGACGGUAUCGUGCUGAGCCACGUAGCAUCUUUGAGUAUGAACCGGGCAAAUCCUCCAUCCUGGAGCAUGAGAGACCGAGUUUUCAUUUAGAAGCAGAUGAGAUAGAUUUAGAGAACGAGCCUUGGUUUAAGUUCUUUUCAGAGCUGGAGUUUGGCCGGCCGCCUCCUAAAAAGAGGCUGGAUUACACACCUGACUGCUCCACCCACUCCCGAGCCCAGACAUCUCUCAAUCUUUCACCCUCCGAGCGGCCUGAGAGCUCCUCCGGUGACUAUAGGAAGCGACGGAAGUCAGAGCCAUUUGUCAGUCAGCAGAACACAGGAAAUGAGCAGAAUGCUGGUCCAAACUCAAGGCUUGAGCCUCACAAAUCCAACAGUUUAAAGAAGCCUGCUGUACGUUCCUCGCCUUCUUCUCCAGCAAAAGUAAAAGCUGGAGGCACUUGUGAGUCUCUCUCUCCAUCAGUGAGCUCCCCCCCAGGUAUGGAGCACGUCUCCUCCCACCUUUCCUCUGACACCCUCUCCCUUUCCACAUCCACCCUGCGCAGCUCCAAGCAAUCUAUCAGCUUCAAGAAUGGCUGGCAGGUGUGCCAGAAGGACAGUGCUGAAACUUGGAGCAGUGUGGAGGAUGAGGAAGCAGGUGCUUCCUCUCCUAACCUCAAGUCACGCAGCUGCGAUGACUUACUCUCAGACAGUAAUGUCGGAAUGAACGGCAAUCGCUCAGAAAGUGUUGGAUCGCUGCUCGGUGAAGGCAGAACAUGUCAACCGCAGACACAAGCAAAAAGUCUUAAUUCGUCCCCUAGAGCACGUCGACAUCAUCGGCGCAAAAUGGCCCACGAUACACCAGGAUUCCUGCAGCUUUACAAGACGAUGCAUCACAUUGACCGUGCACAGCUCCUGCCCUCAGAAGUGAUCUGUUCUGUCCGUGCCCGCAUCCUGGAACUCGAGCGACAGCAACAACAGCAGCGGAAGAACCUCCAUUCAUGGGCAUCACUUGGACAGGAAGUACCACAGAGCAUGGUGCCAAAUCGGAUCUCAGAGUAUGAGCAGCUAAUCCAAAAGUCCAAGUCCAUGCCAGACCUUGGUGACGAUAACACUCCAUCAGGUACCACCACGCCAGGGUCUUCACGAGCCAGCAGUUGCCCGAAGCGCCGCUUCUCGGUGGAGUCGCUCCUGGAGGAGGAAGACCCUCCAGAAAGGGCAAGAAGUCCCCCAGAAGGUCAACCACGGCCAGGUCCAGAAGAUCACAGCCUUGUUCCGUUGGUCAGGCAGAACCAACACCAGCAGCAGGACUACUCAGACAGUGAGCAGGAUGCUUGUGCCUCCGAAUUGAGUGAUUUCAUUCAGAUAGAAGGAUCUUCCUUCUGCAGUGAGAGUGACUUGGACCACUGCUCACUAGCAUCGUCUGAGAGCUUCUGUGGAUCUGGACACCAUCACCACCACCACCUUCACCACCACCAUCACCAUGGACGACGUCACCACAGCAGCCACCAUCACCAUCUGCACCAGAGUCUGGGCCAGAGUCAAGGUUACCACCAUCGCCACCUUAUCAGCUCCUGUAAGGGGCGUUGCCCGGCUUCCUACACACGCUUCACCACUAUGAUUAAGCAUGAAAGAGCACAGCAAGAGGGUCGCACCACCAUCACACCUCCAUUGGCUCAGCAAUCACCCAGCGAAUCAGGCCUUUCCAAAUUGGCCUUCCUGGUCAGCCCGGUGCCUUUCCGCAAGAAGCGGGAUUCCUCACCAACCCAGCGGCGCCAUAGUCGCUCGGGUCACCACAAAUCAAAAGCAGCCAUGUAUGAGGCAUUAGAUGUUGCCCUACAGGACAUUUAUGACCACUUAAGGGCUGAGAAAGGGCUGGGGGCUGCUCGGUUGCCGGAUGACAGCAUCUUACGCCGGCUACUGCACGAGCUGCUCCCAGAAGUUCCCGAAAGGAGCUCGUCACUGCGGGGUCUGCGGGGGGUUUACUCCCCUUCCUCCUCCCACCACUACCAGCCUUACCACAGUGCCUCCUAUCAGCAGCCACACCACACAGAUGCCUCCAACAACAACAACCAGCACACUAAUGCUAGCUCUAAUGCACACUAUUAUUCAGAUCAGGGCUCUGAUGCUGGACACCUCACACCUCAGAACAGAAGACCUACUCCAGAUCGUGAGGUGUCCUCUAAGCAGAUGACAUAUCUCAUAUUGUCUUCUCUUCUCUAUCAGAGACAGUCUGCCAAGGCUAUCUACGACUUUAAAGCUCAGACCAGCAAAGAGCUCUCCUUUAAGAAGGGUGAUGCGAUCAACAUUAUCAGACAGAUUGACAGCAACUGGUAUGAAGGAGAGCACAGAGGACGCAUCGGGAUAUUCCCUAUUUCUUACGUGGAGAAGGUUGUGUCUCCUGAGAGGAAGCAGCCAGUGCGUCCUCCUCCACCGGCCCAGCUCCGGGAGAUGGGAGAAGCCGUGGCUCGCUACAACUUCAACGCCGAUACUAACGUGGAGCUUUCGCUCAGGAAGGGAGAGAGAGUGAUCUUGCUGAGGAAAGUUGAUAAGAAUUGGUAUGAAGGGAGGAUCCCUGGCUCCAAUAAGCAGGGGAUUUUCCCUGUGUCAUACGUCGAUGUCGUCAAAGCAUCCCCUUCUAAAAGUCCUGGUCACCGUGUUGACACCUACAGGGUGCAGAAGAGGAUGAUGCAGGAUUCACUCCACGGGGCCGGAGAGCCGUUCCAGGCCGUGUAUAACUAUGUGCCACGGAACGAGGAUGAGCUGGAGCUGCGAGAGGGGGAUGUGGUCGACGUGGUGGAGAAGUGUGAUGACGGCUGGUUCGUAGGAACGUCUCGGAGGAGCCGGCUGUUCGGAACAUUCCCAGGAAACUACGUUAAGACUCUUUAAUGAAGAUCUACGGCACAAGAAUUGAGGCCCAGUGUGGAUUCUCGACCGUGUGUGUGUGUGUGUGUGUGUUUGUGUGUGUGUGUGUGUGUGUGUGUGCGCGUGUGUCUUCUCAUGCAAAAACAGUUUUAGCGCUCACUAGCCAUCCCUCACAUUUCUUUUCUCCCCCUCUGAAGUUUUCCAUCCUAAAUGAGGAACUCAGCAGUCUUUUCCUGCUCCAUAAAAAUAUUCACCUUAUUUAUUAGCUAUAAUAUUUUACAAUAAGCAAUAGUUUUAGUUUUUUUGGGGGGGGGGCAGAGAGUAUAAUAAGGAGAGAAGCACUGAGACGUGAUUGGUGGAGAGAUACGAUCGACAGCUGAUCCUUAGUCGUCGUUUAAAACUGAGAGAUUGAUCCAUAUGAAACUGAAAUCUGUCGCAGGUCAUUGACAUCACACAGGUUUCUUGUGGGCGUGGCCAGUGACAAAACGAUAAAAGCCACAAUGAUCUACAGUAUAAUAUAUACUGCAUACAAAAGAAUAUUGUAUAACGUAUACAGGUCACAGUUAGGCCAUGUCUCUGUAUUUGUAUCAUUUAGAUUGUAUUUGUAAUGAAUUACAGCAGAGUUUCGUAAAUUUGGUCAGUUUCUGCUGAGUAAAUAGUGUAUAAUAGAGUGAUUUCACACGUAGCGGAAAUGUUUUUACGUUUUUCCCUCCAAUCAGAUUGCACUGUCAGGGUACAUGUGAGAAAAACAAACAUGGUGACAAAAAAAGCAAGUGAACAUGAAGGCGCUUUACAAAAUAAAUAGAAAAUAUUCCAAAGUUAAAAAUAAUGUGACGUUUUAUCUUCAAACCCAAACCAUUCCCCCCCCCCAAUCUCCAGACUCACAUGAAUAUUUAUUUAGCCAAGACAAGCUAGGGGGGGGGUGUUGCUAUGGUUACAGUGUGCACAAAUUGUAAGCCAAAAAAACAACUAGUGUGAACGCAACCUAAAGGCCUCAGCACUCGUCCUGCGGAGACGACGUACGCCGUUUGAUUUGCUCUGUUUUGUUUUUUUGUCCUUUUGUAAUUCUUUUUGAAACUAUAUUGAACAAAAUAAUAAGCAAUUCUAACAGCGCCACCUGCAGUACCGGAGCACUCGCAACGUGACGUGGAGGAUGUGAUGGCGUUUGUUUCGUGACGUUGUCUCCGCAGUAAUCACGCUGAGGUGUUUAGUGGACGUGGAUUUUUUUUUUUUCAACUCAGGAGUGAACGAUGUUAUUAGUGCACAAGCAAUAACUUUUCUUUCCAUCCAUCGAUCAGCCAAAAAGAUGCUGGUAAAGUAUUCCUUUCCUAUGAUGAUGAUGAAUUUCUGUCUAUGUCUCUUGUAUGUUUUUAUGUUUAAAGACUUUUACACAUUGCCUGUUUAAAAAGAUGUUAAAGGUAUAAAACAGUUGGAUCUUCUGCGUUGUUACGAGAACGUGUACGGAAUGAAGUUCGUGCCACUUUUCACUUUCUUUUUCUCUUUGUAAGAACACAACCUAACAGGAGGUUUUAUGACAUUUUAUAGUAUUCCUGUUUUCUUGUCACCAGGCUUCUGAUGUUACAGAUGUUCAGUGUUCAGAGUGACAAGCGUAGCCGCACCUUACCUACGUAUUAUGACUUAUACGGUUUGAUUUUGUUUUCUUUGUUUAUUAACAAAAUCCACUUGCUUUAUAAAGUCACUUUGCUCACACA